UUGAGCUAACUAAGCCCAACUAAAUAUAGCUAGUCGGUGAUGAACUGUAAUCUUCGUAUUCGUCGUCUUUAUAGUGGAUGUAUCCCAUCUUUCUGGAUGCAUCCCAUCUUUCUGGAUGCAUCCCAUCUUUUUGGAUGAAUCCCAUCUUUUUGUAAACAAGUCAGUCUUAUUUUAACUUGUCCUAAUGUCCAUGAACCUCUGGUGCAUAAAAUGUGUUGACUACAGUCUACUGGCAGACGAUACAGAGGAUGCUCAACUCUUCUGAACCAGGCUCCAAUUAAGAAGAAUGAAAAAAUGAAAGAAUAAAAUGGGCAACGGCUUCAAAUGGCUAUAUAGUGAAAUUUCACACCAGAACGGGUGGUCGUUUUAUCUUUGGACCAGCCUUCAUGUAUAUUUUGCUUAGCAUCUAAUACACAAAUAACUAACUCGACUCAUCAUCGAUUCCAUUUCAGGUAUGAUUUCAGUGAUCACAUACUUGGGUAACUCAUUUGUCUCCAUGCAAUCGGAACUCCCUGUCCUCCAAAAGUAUAGUAUGUAUGUUUAUGUUUGUUUUGUCUGGGGAAGAAGCCGGUCAGCCGGAAAUACAGUGUAAGGAUAUGGCCAACCACUUGGCCAACCUCGGGUCAAGUGAACGUUUGGCGGAAAAGGAAAAGCUUCGCCAUAUCAUGUAGAGAUCAGUGGCACAUGUGGCUUGGUGACCUGGCCUUGGUUAUUCUUGUUUCAAAAACAUGGCAAAUUUGAUGCGGAUUUUUGCUCAAUCGUUCUUUUCUAGGCAGUCUUCAAAAUAUUUGUUUUACAAAUGUAUGAAAAACUAUUCUUGUAACACAGGAGGAAGGUUUUCUUUUAUGCUCAGAACGAAAUGGGGAACGUUUCUCAAGGAAAACCACAGUUUUACCACGUCGUAUCUAAUCGUCACGUCCCACAUGUCAAGAUUUCUUCAUGUGGGAACCUACAGGUCAAGAAGUGUGGAAACAAGUAGAGAAGAUGAUCAUGAGUUUGUUACAGAAGAAAUUUCUAUGACAGAUAAAAAGUUUGAAGAUUUUUCUGAUAUAAUGAAAACAAUCAAAGAGAAGACUGGAGUAUUACUGAAAGCAGUUCAUGGAAAGGAUGGUAAAGAAGGAUGGAGAAUUCUAGUUGGAGGCACUCGACAUGAAGUUCAGCGAGCUGUUCUUCAUCUCAAAUCCUCAACUGAACAUGAUUCAAUCAAUCAAAGGUUACUUCUUUUACAAGAUGACACAGUGCAUGAGAAGAAUAACUCAAGAAAAGAAAAACCAAUCUGGGCAUAUUACAGGAGAAAUUUUAAAGGACAAAAACCUCCUAUGAGAACAAGAAAGAAGUGCAUUAGAGGGACGGGGGAGUCGCAAAUUGUUUCGGGUAAUCCAUGUCCAGUAUGUCGACUGCAGUUGGCUGGUCAAUAUCAACUGAACUACAAGGAUAUUGAUUUACUCUCUCAGUUCAUAUCUCCCCAUACCGGUGAAAUAUUUGAAGCAUCCAAAACAGGUGUUUGCAGAUACCAGCAAAAUAAUCUUAAAACAGCAAUACAGACUGCCAAGGAUUACGGUUUGCUUCCAUACAGUAUCCCUGGUCCAAGAAGUAUUGAAAAGCCUGUGAAAAGUGCUGAAAUACCAGUCAAUGUUAGGCUGAAGUGAUACACGAAAUUACCUUCCUU